UUUACGAUGGCAUUUUUAAAGUCGCCGCACAACUUUUUCUCUCGUCAUUUCUCGAGACGAAUUGACAUUUGUAAACAUUUCACCGAGUCUCGUUGUCUCUCUAACAUGUAUUAAUUGUACUCCCUUUUCGCCGCGUGCGUAAAAUACUUUCCCGACUACGCUGUUUGUUAGCUGUGUACUGCACGCGCAGUAAACAUAUAUUAUUUUAUUUACCCUCAUAACGAGCUAAUUUCUCGAGAGAUAAUGUAAUUUUCCACGCGUGAUAUUUCACGCUAUCUUUGUCAAUCCACGCCGUGUCGCAUCAGUAAGGAGUUGUUGGGUCAGUGCUGUGCGCGUGGGGAGCGGUGGCGCAGCGGUUAGCGCUACGAAACCACGACCACCCGAGUUCGAUUCCCGCUCACGGCCACCAACACCGCUCACGGAUGAUCCGAACCAGUCCUGCCCCCACCUCUAGGUCGACUCAGCCUCUAAUGAGUACCUAGUGCGGUGUGUAAAACCACCGCUGGGGGAGACAAAUACAUCCGGGCGUGGUUGCCGGCCUUCAAUAGACGCUACUCGCCAUGGAUCUCGGGAGCUUUCUGGACCAUCCCCUCCCUGCCCGCCACCACCACCAUCGCCGCCGCCUCUUGCUGCUGCGCCACGCUCUCCUGGUGGCCCGGCGACCCGAGGCCGCGGGCUUGGCGUGUGUCCGGCGCCUGGAGGCCCGAGGCUCGCCGGCGGCGUGGGGGCCGCUGGUGGCGGAGCUGGUGGAGGAGGUGUGCGGGGAGGUGCCUGGCGCGGGGCCGGGGCAGACCGCGCGCCUGGCGCUGCUGCCCGCGCUGCUGCGGCUUCCCGUGAGCCUCCAGCGCUCCGUCGUGUCGCUGCUGAGCGCCGUCCGAGACGAAGUCCCCGCUCCAGCGCUCGCCCUGCUGCGCCGCGCCCUGCUGCACCCCGCCGCGACCUGCGACCCCUGGGUCCGCGUCGCCGCACGGACGAUGGCGCCCCUGAGCCAGCGCGUGGAUGAUGGUGGCGGAGCGGUGAGCGAGGUGUGGCGUGCCCGCUACGCCGCCCUCUGCGAGAGGCUGCGGGCGCGCUCGCGCUGCCAGGGCGGCGGUGGGCACCGCAGGGACGCCGCCAAUCACGUGGGCACGGCUCGGCAGGCAGAGCGUGGGGAGACGCCGGUGUUGGUGGUUCCCGGGCGCGGCUCGGACGACGAAGGCACCGUCGGGGUGACCUGUGACCCCGCACCGUCUGGCACGCGGAAGCGCCCGGUGCCCGACGACGAUGGCGGCGACGAUGGCGGCGGCGGCGAGAGCGGAAACGCGACCGUCGCCCCCAAACGGCCACGCCUCGACUCCCCCCGGCACGCCGACGAUUUGAGCGCGUCCGGUCGGGCAGUGCUGGGAGGAGAUCCCGGGACGCCCGUGCCGGGUCCUCGGGAGUCGAGCGAUGGUGGAGGCGGCGAUGGCGGCGGCGGCGUCGACAUUUUGGACGAGUUGCCGUUUCCGAAAGUCGAGCCGGAGCAGGGCCUUCCGCCGCACAUCAAGGAAAAGGUUGCUAAAGUGAAGGAGUGGCUGGAAGCAAGUUGUGAGUUUCCAGGCAUGGAGGAAUCGAGCCCUGCUGAGCUGUCCUUGCUGAAUGAGUGCCGGCCAGAGCAGGUCUCUGCCGUGUGCGCGGCGCUGGGAGCCGCGACGUUGCCGGAGGAAAGCGUCGCUCUCCUGGCGACGGCCGUGGCUGCUCUCACCCCCAAGAUCGGACAUGCGGCCUCCACGCAGCUCGCCCGGGAGCUUUUCCUUUCCAAGCUGUCCAGCCUGGAACAGCCGGCGUCGAGGCUGCUGUCGGGGGCCCUUGGAUCGUUUUGCAGCUCCUACCCCAAGCAGGGCUGUGCAGCGUGCCUGCUGCCGCUGACGCAGACGAGCGAGCUGGGUACGUACGCGUGGCCUUUCCAAGUGGAGUUCAUGUGCAGGGUCAUCCGUGACAACCUGGCCUCCGACGAUCUCCCAAGUCUCCUCAGGCUGUUGGUGAGCAGCCCGGGCGUGUGCUGGGGUGAGGGCUUCCUCACCGUCUUGCAGGCCGCACUGGACCGAAAGAUGGAGCUGAACGCAGAGGAGGUGGAGAUGCUGGUGGUGGUGAUGUCGGCGCAUGCAGCGUCGUUCGCCAAGUCCCUCAAGUUCGCCAAGCUCCUGCUGGCGCUCGUGAACAAGCAUGGGGCUCAGGUGACACGGGGUCACGGUGCGACCCUGGCCGCGAUGGUGGAGGUCGGCGACACCUUUAUGAAGCGGACACUGCGUGCGGCUCUCAAGAAGAUCUCGGGCUGACCGGCCCUGACCUCUGACCUUGUACCCCGACCUCUGACCCUGUGCCCCGACCUCUGACCUCGUGCCCCGGCGGAGCAGCGUCAAACUUCGUGAACGGAAUGAGUGACGAAAACAUUCGACGCCAAAGUGUUUCCUGCUUUUUAGUCAACGACGAUGACUCUUUUGAGUGGAUGGAAAUCAUCAAGCGUUACGAUGGCUACGACUGCCCAGUACAGACCAAAAAUAGCGACGACGAUGAAACGAAGUUAACAACAUUGGAGGCGGCAGUGCACUGGAAAAGACCGAAGAUUGUCAUUGCCUAUAUAUGUACAGUAGAUACAAAUGAAGGGGUUUGGUCGAUCGCACGGAGAUUGUUGGUUGAAAUUUAUAGAAUGCUCACAAUGGCCCAGUCAACACAGUCUCUAACCUCACUACCACCACCUUGGAACCAAUGUCACUUUGAUUGAAAAUGUGGGGGGAAAAAACUUGUGCUGUUUGUAAUGAAAAUAAUGUCACUAUUCUUUGAACCUUAAUGUCUACCUGUCAACCCAUACGGUUUACCCGUAUUCUUGUACAAGGAAAUUGAGUUUUCAGGUCCAUAUGGCGUACAGCCGUUUCAAUACAGGCAAAAAUAAAUCUGUGUUUCUCCCUUGCGAUGGGACUUUGUAGGAUGAACGUUGAGUUUUAUAAGGGCACCACGGGGUGACCAGCCCCU